AUGAGGGUUGACAAGCGCAUAAAUAGAGCUGUUGUUCGAGCAGUUUCAUCAUUCAACGUUCAACUUUUGUCAAAGAAACAAGUUCGCUCCGUGCUCAACGAAACCUACGCUCCCGAAGUGAAAUGGCUCGUACCAAGCAAACCGCUCGUAAAUCGUAAUCGUAAGGCACCUCGCAAGCAGCUGGCCACCAAGGCUGCUCGUAAAAGUGCCCCGGCUACCGGAGGAGUGAAGAAGCCGCAUCGUUACCGUCCGGGAACGGUGGCCCUCCGAGAAAUCCGUCGCUACCAGAAGUCGACCGAGCUGCUCAUCCGCAAGCUGCCCUUCCAGCGCUUGGUGCGUGAGAUCGCCCAGGACUUCAAGACGGAUCUCCGCUUCCAGAGCUCAGCCGUGAUGGCGCUGCAGGAAGCCAGCGAGGCGUACCUGGUUGGUCUGUUCGAAGACACGAAUCUGUGCGCCAUCCACGCCAAGCGCGUCACCAUCAUGCCCAAGGACAUCCAGCUGGCCCGUCGCAUCCGCGGAGAGCGUGCCUAAAUCGUCCAUGCAUCCGGAAGCGGUCCCUGUCCAAACGGGGCAUUUCCUUCUCAAAACGGUCCUUUUCAGGACCACCAAUACUGUUGAACAUAUCAAGAAUUUUCUUUCGAU